GAGUUUUCGGGACUCCAUGGCAUAAUCCACGGAACGCCGUGCGUUUGGUCCACUUCUACGGCGGAUUUGCUCCGCAAAGAAAGUUUAACAAAAAAACAUGGUAAAUGUUAUGAAAGGAGUGCUUGUGGAGUGUGAUCCUGCUAUGAAACAAUUCCUGCUGCACUUGGACGAGAAGCUGGCUCUGGGUCGCAAAUUCAUCAUCCAGGAUCUGGACGAGAACCAUCUAUUCAUCUCCACGGACAUUGUGGAUGUGCUGCAGGCCCGCGUCGACGACUUGAUGGACCGCAUAAGCUUCCCGCUGCACGACAAGGACGCUUAGAAACUUCCAGAAACUUCACAAAAACAACGAAACACCAACAUGACAGGCCGGGAGUCCAAUCGCAUCAAGGAUGCAGAAAAGAAGCGCGUUCUGGAUGUGGCCGCCCGGCAG